GCGUUUUCCCGACCCAAGUUCCCAGCAUGCUGUGCGGCUCGAACAGGAAGGACAUCUCUACGGAUAGGACACAGCUGAAAAGCGCCCAAGCUUGCAAACAUGUCUGAGACAAUUGAGGAGAAGAUCAAGAACUACAGGACGGCGCCCUUCGACGCCCGGUUCCCCAACACCAACCAGACCCGCAACUGCUUCCAGAACUACCUAGACUUCCACAGGUGCAACAAGGCCCUGUCAGCCAAAGACCAGGAUGUGGCCCCCUGCAACUGGUACCAGAGGGUUUACAAAAGUCUUUGUCCCAUGAGCUGGGUUGCCAAAUGGGACGAGCAGAUAGAGAAUGGAAGUUUCCCUGGAAAGAUCUAAAAUAUGACCACUGUUAUCUGUCAGUACUUUUACAGGCCCUGUUUGUUCGAGUUAACUCUGUAGUGUUGUGAAGAACAGCUAACAGCUCCUUACAUCAUCGCCAUCAUCUUCAGUGGCGUUACAGUUCUUAGCUGAAGCUUCGAACGCACAACAUAUGUACAGUCAACUCCUCUUUGGCAUUGUUUAUUCAAUAAAUACAGUGCACAUUUAA